UUAUGAGUACUGACUGUGGUGAUUGUAUUUGUUUCAUGGUUCACAAGUAUGGCGAUGGAUCAGUUGCCAAAAACCCUAUUCAAAGAGGGAACGGAAACACAAGUUGAGAAGGUCAACAACACUUGUCGAACUUCCAUACUUAAGAAGGUGGAGAAGUAUGUUGAAGCAGAGUACAAGGAAGUGUUGGGUGAUCCGCUAUUUUCUCAGGUUAUGGAUAUUUAUGUGCACAAGCUUCAGUAUUCAGGGAGAGUGAUCCACAACUUCGUUUGUAAGCAGCUUCUGACCGUAAAGCGCCAUGAUUUGUGGUUCCAUUUUGCUAGGAGGGCUCUCAGAUUUUCAAUGCAAGAAUUCCAUGCGAUCACUGGUCUGAAAUAUAAAGACGACGAGCCUGACUUGGAUAUUGAUAACUGGAGAGGUGAUAAAGGGUUUUGGAGUAAGUUGCUGCGGAGAAAAGGAAAAAUUAGCCUACAGCAAAUCAGGAAGGUGCAUCUGAAAUCUUGUAAUACAUGGUCUCAUGUUGAUAGGCUGAGGAUGGUGUAUUUGUGUGUGAUUGCUGGUCUGGUUAUGGCGAAGGAUGAGAAGGUGUGCAUCCCACACAAGUACAUCAAGCUGGUGAUGGAUUUCAAUAAGAUGAGAAAAUAUCUGUGGGGUUUUCACUGUUUUGAUGCGCUUGUGACUUCCAUUACUGAAGCUAGGGAUAAAGUGAAGACGAAGAACAGUUAUGUCAUAGAUGGAUUCUCUUAUGCACUUCAGAUUUGGUUGAUGGAAGCUAUUCCAGACAUCGGGUCUCUUUUGGGUAAGAAGCUCAAAGAAGGCGUCACUAGCAUGAGAUGCAGAAAUUGGAAAGGAUCUGCUAAGGUUUCCUAUGAGGAUAUAAUUAGUAUUGAGUCCGAUUUUGCAUCCACUGGAGUUGUGUUUCCAUACAUCUCUUCAACUGGAAAUGGCAACAUCAUUGUUGAUGCUGGGUUUGAGCGAGACGAUGAGAUGAAUGACGAAAGGGUCGAUCUGAUCAUUGACAUGUACAGAAAGAAGUAUGACUGGAGUAAGCAUGUUUGGGGUUAUCAGGAAACUGAACAACCAUAUGCGGACAGUUCUGAGGAUGAUGGUUCAAAGGAAGAAGAGGCUGGAGAAAGAAGUGACUGUGGAAUGGAAGAAGAAAUAAAAACCGCCCAUGUGUCUCCUACAAAGAAGAGAAAGAACCAGUAUCAGGAUAUUGGAGCCGAGUCAAGGAAGAAGAGGUUACUUUGCCAAAGAUCAACCGACAAAUACAGAGAUCUUGAAGAGGGUAUGAAGUCCUAUAUCCAGGGUAUGUUUAAGUCUUCUUUUACUGCCUUAGGGCUUGAGGUCCGCGACUUAAUUGAAGACCGGUUUACCAAAUUAGAGCAGACGAUCCUUUCAUCUCAGACUCCAGUUGGUGUUCCGGCUUAUACUCAGACUCAUGGUGCUGCUCCGGCUAAUACUCAGACUCAUGGUGCUGCUCCGGCUUAUACUCAGACUCAUGGUGCUGCUCCGGCUAAUACUCAGACUCAUGGUGCUGCUCCGGCUUAUACUCAGACUCAUGGUGCUGCUCCGGUUAUACUCAUACUCUUGAUGCUGCUACGAAAUCUACUCAAGCUCCUGGAUUGGAUUCUACUCUUGCUCCUACUCCUACUCCGGCGUCUACUCACGCUAAUGCUCCUGCUACUACUUCCCGCGGUCGAGCUUCUCGCAACAAAGCUUCGGUUCCUUCUCACACUGGUGGUCCUGCAACUGCUGCUAAGACAAGGUCUCAGACAAAGGUAAACAAGAAAUAGAUCUUUUCUCAUGUAUUUGAAUUCUCUUCUUGCGGUUUGUAUUCGGUUACUGUUCUUGGGGUUUGUAAUAUUAUUGUAUGGAUGAUGU